UGACUAUUUUAUGUGAAAACUGGACGCUAGAGUGUGGGUUACAGAAAAGAUGGCAUCACCGGAUCGAAACCCAGAAAUCAGGAAGGACGCAGUGAACAACCGGUGGGUCAUUUUCUCUCCGGCCAGAGCUCGGCGACCUUCCGAUUGCAAAUCCAAAUCUAAUCCUAACCCUAACAACAACCAAUCAGAGUGCCCCUUCUGCGCAGGGCAUGAACACGAAUGUGCGCCCGAAAUCUUCCGCGUCCCACCAGAUUCCACCUCCAAUUGGAAAAUCAGAGUCAUACAGAACCUAUACCCUGCUCUCAGAAGAGACCUCGAACCCUCACUAACCCAAAACCCCAACCCUAACCCUAAUACCGGUGGGUCGGCAAUGAUCGGGUUUGGGUAUCACGAUGUUGUGAUCGAGACGCCGGUUCACCCGAUUCACCUGUCCGAUCUCUCGCCGGUCGAGGUCGGAGAAGUUUUACUAGCUUAUAAGAAGAGGAUCGAGCAACUUCUCAGUCAUGAUUCCAUCAAAUACGUUCAGGUGUUCAAAAACCAUGGUGCUUCAGCUGGGGCAUCCAUGAGUCAUUCUCACAGUCAGUUAAUGGCCCUUCCAAUUGUACCCCCCACAGUUUCUGCCCGUAUGGAGAAUAUGAAGGAGUACUUUGAUCAGAAGGGGAAAUGUAGUCUUUGUGAGAAUCCAUUGAAUGACCUUCUAAUUGAUAAGUCAACCCAUUUCAUUUCAAUUGUUCCCUUUGCUGCUACAUUCCCUUUUGAGAUGUGGAUCAUUCCUCAGGAACACACCUCCCAUUUCCAUGAACUAGAUGGAGAGAAGGCAGUUGAUCUCGGAGGGCUACUGAAACUUAUGCUUAUAAAGAUGUCCUUGCAGUUAAAUGAUCCGCCAUUCAAUUUCAUGAUUCACACUUCUCCAGUUGAGGUCACCCCUUUGCAGUUGCCUUAUUCUCACUGGUUUUUGCAGAUAGUACCCCAAUUAACAGGGGCUGCGGGUUUUGAGAUGGCAACUGGAUGCUACAUAAAUCCUGUUUUUCCGGAGGAUGCUGCAAAAGUUCUGAGAGAAGUAAAUAUUAUUAAUUAGAUGAAUUUUGACAGCCUUAGACUCCAAAAUUCCCAUCAUAUUUUAGAUGAAAUUAUGAUAUAUGUUUUGCUCUGUACUCCUCUCCAAAGUUUAUUUUCUUUUUUAUCUCUCAAGAAACGACCCUAUGCUUACCAAAAUACACACGAACAAACUUGAUAGAGUGGUAACUGUUUCCAGAAUUUAUAAAGACCUUAUUUGCACAAAGCAAGGAUCUCUUUCAGCAAUACUCAUGGUCAUUGCAAGCCCAAAAGAUGGUAUUCCUGUGGUAUAGCCCCCUUGUGAUGAUAGCAGCUUGUGAAGCACAGAACCAAGAACCACAAUUUAAUUGGGAAGGUAAAUUUUAUUCAGAAAAAGAAGAGUUUUGAAAGAUGUUAGACAAAGGUCAUCAUUGGUGAAAUGUAAUAUAUGUAGAGGCUGGAAACAUCCGACGAGCUCAUCGAUGUUUUUAAUAAACGAUGCAGUAGAGGUAUACGAGUUUAGCAAUUUACAAGUGAAUCAAGAGAGCAAUCCCCAGUUGGUAUAGGAUCUGUUUGAUUAGUGGCCAAUUAGGUUAGUUUUUGACUACUUUUUUCUUCUUAUGAUACUAGUACCUAUCAGCAUAUGUAUAUUUUGAUAGCGAGGAGUAUUUGGUCGAGAGGUGACUUGUCCAGCUAUAGCUAGGUGGUGGGAUUCGCGAUGACUUCUUUUGGCAUGUAUUCUUGACAUAUGAGCUACACGAAGUUUUUGAUGUUUACUGAGAA